CUGGUUAGCCCGGUAGACGUUGUCCUGCUAUCUCCAAUAGUUGUCGCUUUAAUUUACUACAGUUGCGUGCUGUUGGUAGCGGCAAUAAGAGCUCAGCAAAGCGCCUACUACGCCCCGCAGACGUUCAAUCAGGAGGAUUCCUACAACAAAGUGCUGUUCACACGAGCGGGACCGUCUGACGUCACACCUCACGGCUCCGUGGCACAAUCGUGGAGACCGGGCCCUUCGGUUAACCAAGACUGGAAAGCACCGGAACCAUGGAAGCAGCCUAACACCGCGAGUAAGGAACAGCAGGCCUCCAUAUUGCAUCACAAGCAAGCUUUAACUUCAGAGGGCAGUUUCCGCUUCGAGUACGCUUCAGACAACGGGCUGGCGGCCGGUGAAGUGAUAGAACCAGAUGGUUCGAGGGUCGGCGCCUACCAGUACAAGGACCCGAGUGGUCAGCUCGUUAAACUGAAGUAUCGUGCCGGAAAGGAAGGCUUCCAGAUUCUAGAAGGAAGUCACCUGCCUCAGAGCCCUCUCCCAGAGCAGCCGCGUACGACAGACAAUUACUAUAAGAACGCAUAUGAGCAACAGAAACGGCAGUACCAGGCCCAACAGGAGUACAACCAUCAGAAAACUGAACCCGAUCAAGAGUGGACAAAAGGGCAGAAUCAGGUUGCGAGUGGUCAAGGAGCUGGAGGCCAGUACUUUAAUCAGAACUGGAAGUCAAGCGGCCAGGACGAUGGACAGUAUCGUGACAAUGAUAUCCCUGAACAGAACAGGGGACCACACUCUUUCGGUGAAGGAUACGCAUUUUCGUUUAAGGGAUAA